GCAUUGAUAUUAGAAUGCAUUUAGGGAUAUGUGCCCACAAAUUGAUACCCAUAAUUGCCAGUGUUAAUUUAGCAUUGAUAUGGUUCCUGAUUUGUCGUCUCACUUCAUCACUAUAAAAAGGCUUUGCCAUCUCGUUUGUUCCUCGCAACUCAGAGCCAGACAAACCAUCAGCAAGACCUUCCUCCUAUCGACAGUACCACAUCUAGCUGAAGAUGAAGGCUACACAUACUACACUGCUCCUGGCUGUCGCUUUCCUCGUGCUAGCAUCAGAGGCUGCGGUGAAGGCGGACGACAUUUGUGCAGGGUCAGUUCACAAGACGCCGAUACCGUGUGAUCUCCCGGGUUGCCUGCACAUUUGCCGCGAGAAUGCGAAUGGGCUAGGGCCGUGCCCUACUUGCAACUGGACCGCUAACUGCAACACGUAUACUGGAUUAUGCGAGUGCAAUAUCUGCAUGCCUCCUCCUUCUGCUCCUAGCCAACAAUAAAGCGAGUGAUAUCCCUCCGUCCCAUAAUGUAAGAUGUUUUAUAUUAUGAGUCAAAAAACGUCUUAUAUAUGAGACGGAGGGAGUAGCUUUCUGAUAUAGGAUAGUUUGUUCUUUGUAAUAAGAACGA